GUACUAACUAAUCGCUCCAGAUACCUCUUACAACUACAAGUUUAUUCAAGCCACCACUUGUCAAGAUGUCUGCGAUUGGGUCCUUAAUUUUCUGCAAUGACUGUGGAAAUUUAUUAGAUGAGUCGUCUGGUGACCCUACAAAACUCAUUGUCUGCAGUAUCUGCGGAGCUCGUAAUCGAGACAUUGUCCCUAAAACUAUCGUCUCUGAAUCCAAAGCGAGUGCAUUCCCUUCGACACUGAGGGCAAAAAGAUCUGCAGUCCAGAACUUGACAGCUGCAGAUAAAAGGACAGAAGCUCUUACACAACAUACUUGUGCGAGAUGUGGUAGGAAAGAGAUGUAUUUCACAACUGUGCAAUUGCGCAGUGCAGACGAAGGAAGCACGGUCUUUUACACUUGCGUUUGCGGUUACAAGGAGACACAAAACAACUAAACAUCAGAAAGGACUUCUAUUUUGGGUUCGCGGCUGUACAUCUAUGAAGCGAGUAUCAAUUAAGCCACUGUAAUCUUUUUUAGUUUACGGAAAUUCAUCAAGCAGCAGAUACAGCGGCCG